AUGAAUAUUACAGCCGAGCAAGCUGCGAGGUCUCAUGAGACAAGAUCGGAUCUUAUGCUUGGUGUCUCGGUGGCGUUGAUGGCUGUAGGGUCCUUGCUGGUUGCUGGACGACUUUAUUGCAGAAGACUUAUCCGUUCAACUGGACUCGACGAUAUCUCUGCCGUACUUGCUUUGGCCUUUUUAAUAGCUUGCGGUGCCUCGAUUGCUGACAUGACGAGACAUGGUCUUGGACGACACGAUUGGACGUUAUCUCUUGAUCAAAUAGUUCUUUACGGCAGAUGCUUCUGGCUUUCCGUCCUAUUCUACACAAUAUCCCUAAGCUUUUGCAAAAUAACAUUCCUACUACAAUAUCUCCGCAUCAUGAACGUUUCACGUAUGCGUUGGGUCUACAUAGGCUCUAUAGUAUUUCUUUCGAUAUGGAGUGCGAUAACGAUAGUGGGAAUUUGUACGCUCUGUAUUCCACUUGAAGCAUUCUGGGAUCCGAGAAUCAAGGGAAGGUGUUUCAAAGACCAGACGUUGAUGUGGUAUAUCAAUGGGAUAAUGCACAUUGUUGUCGACUUUGCGAUUAUUGUAAUGCCUCUCCCCAUUGUCUGGAAAUUGAAACUGCCUUUGUCACAAAAAUUGUGGCUUUCUGGCAUCUUCGGACUGGGUUUCUUUACAAUAGCUAUUUCCAUCCUCCGACUGCAAUGGCUUACACCCGAAAAGGACUUUACAUGGUGGAAUGUUACUGCAGCUUCAUGGUCCCUGGCGGAACUUGUCUCGGGUAUCGCGUGUUCUUGUCUAUCGACUUUCAAGCCUCUCCUCAAAAAAGUCAACGGUUGGGUUCCUACUCUCCGAAGUGGAGAGAGUACACACAUUCUACACGGUAUUGCUACCGACGAUUCAGAUAGGAUUGCGGUUGUGGAAUUGGAAGACGCACCUUACGGAAGCAGGUUACAGAUACCAAACAGUGCCCACGCAUUCGGGACAGAGACAAGCAUCACGGCAUCAAAGGGUGUUUACGAAGCUGAGAGAAAGUUGAGAAAGUCUUCAAAGUCCAGCAUAAAUAAGAAUGAACCGUGA